GAUAUCAAAUAAGGGAGUGUGGUCUAGUGGUAUGAUUCUCGCUUUGGGCACGACCUAUUAAUAGUAGGUAGUUAAACAAAUAUGCGAGAGGCCCAGGGUUCAAUUCCCUGCUCUCCCCUAAUUUUUGCUUUUUUGACAUUUUAAUUAUAUUACUUGGAGCUAGAGUUCCAAAAGAUGCUAUGAAUCAUAUUUAACAAUCAGAUAUAUAUAUUGUCAAUGAGUUCUACUAUGAACAACAUCUGUGCAACAGUUGUACAACCAGAGUUAUAUACAGGUGCUGAUACUUUUUUUUGUACUGAAGUUGAUAUCCACAUAUAUGCAGGAUUCUAUUUUCUGAUUUAAUUAAUCGAAAUAUUUGAGACGUGAAUAUUAUUACUAUCUCUAUAUUUAGACUGUUAUCAAAUUAUAUUGAAUCAAGAGAAAUCAUGACGAUCAAGAGGUAUCCCAAGGCCGUUGUAUUCGACUUAGAUUAUACAUUAUGGCCAUGUUGGUGUGAUACCCAUAUCACCAUGCCUAUCAAGGCUGUUAGUGAUAGUCAAAUUAUAGAUCGAUCCGGUAUGAAAUUAGGAUUUUUCAAAGAUGUUGAAUCAAUUAUCUUAGAAUUGAUUGAUAAUAAUGUUAAAAUCAUUGGAGCCAGUCGGACUGCAGCCCCCUAUAUCGCGGAAGAAUUAUUAUCAUUAUUACAUAUUUCAAAUACGCCUGCUAUUAAAUAUUUUGAUUCAUUACAAUGGGGGACCGGAUCCAAAGUUAAACAUAUUACUAAAGCUGCUAAACAAUUAAAUAUGGAACUUGAAUUGAAAGAGGGGGAGUUUAUAUUAUUUGAUGAUGAGUUAAGAAAUAGAGAUGUUAGAAGUAUAAAUUGUCAUUUUGGUCAUGUAUUUGAUGAAGAUGAAGGUUUAACUCGGAAUAUAUUUUUAGAAGAAUUGAAAUUAUGGGAACAAUCUAUUACAACGGGAGAAUUUAAGGAAAGUAGAUUUAAUUUUUAGAACAUGAACUUUAUAGAAGAUAAGAUAGAUUAUUAAUAGAUCCAAGAAUUUAUCAUAAUAUAUCAUGAAUAUUGAUUUGCAACCGCCUUACCUUACUAACCGUUACCAGUUACAUU